UCAGGAUCAUCCAACGCAAGCAGUUGUAGCAAGCUGUAUUCUUCUAUACGCACGCACGCACAUACAUUCCAGCGAAACGAAUUUCUCACUCGGGAGUAGGAUCCACGUCCACCGCACGUGUGUGAAAAAGUUCGUUCGCUCGAUUGUCGAGCCAUCGCCUCACACUGUCUCUUUGCUCUACUAAUUGUCUUAUGAGUUCGGAAAAACCCGAAGAAAAGAACCCCGAGGAAUCUCCUCCGAAAGUAGAUUUGCCGAUAGGCGAAGAGAAGGAGAAAUUGGCAGAAAACUCGGAUGUACUGGAUGGGGUUGCGACGGUGGAUCAAAAGGAGGAAGCUGCCGAAACCCGCAUCAACUCUAAAAAGGACAGCGAUGAGCUUACUAAGAGAUUGCAAAAGCUUGCUUUGGAACGUCAAAAAGCGAGCACGGGGGAUCGUUUGAAAGUCAUUCAAUCUGACACGAGCUCGCACUUGUCCAGCGUGAAAACAUUCGACGAACUCAAUUUGCCGAAGCAUUUAUUGGACGCUGUUUAUGCCAUGGGUUUUGAUCGACCGUCGGCGAUUCAAGAAGAAGCUCUACCGCGAAUUUUGGCCGACCCCAUGCGGAAUUUGAUUGGACAAGCUCAGGCUGGUAGCGGCAAAUCGGCGGCCUUCACCUUGGGAAUGCUCUACCGGAUCGUGGUUGAUUCACCAGCGACGACGCAAGCUCUGUGUGUCACACCAACACGGGAAUUAGCCAUUCAGAUUGUGGAUAAAGCGGUCAAACCGCUGGCGGCUAAUAUGAAAGGUCUCAAAAUAUGUCUAGCCAUCGCCAAUACGUUCAUUGACCGCGGAAAGACUGUAGAUGCACACUUGGUCGUUGGAACCCCGGGAAAGGUUUCUGAUUUCCUCAAGCGUAAAAAUCUAAAUCCCAGAACGAUUAAAGUCUUCGUCUUGGACGAAGCGGACCAUAUGGUGGAAGAAGGUGGUCAUAGAGCGAAUUCGCUCGUUAUCAGAAAGGUCAUGCCGCCAACCUGUCAGUCGCUCUUCUUUUCGGCUACUUUUCCUCCCGAGGUCGUUCAGUUUGCGGAGAAGAUGGUUGAGAAACCCGACAAGAUUCUCAUCGAAGAUGGACCCGAAUUUUUAGUCGUGGACAAUAUUCGACAACUCUGGGUUGACACACGAAACUACGAGGGCGGAAAAAUCGAGUUUUUGGCUGACAUUUAUUCUCUCAUGAGCAUCGGUCAAAGUAUCGUCUUUGUUGGUACUGUUGUUCAAGCUGACAAAGUGUACAACACGCUGACGAGCUCUGGGUACACCUGCUCCGUGCUGCAUAGUAAAGUUGGCCCCGAAAACCGGGACACAACUAUGGAAGCCUUUCGCAACGGCGAAAGCAACGUCUUAAUUACGACGAACGUUUUGGCACGAGGUGUGGACGUUGAUAAUGUUGGCCUCGUCAUAAACUAUGAUGUGCCAAUAGACAAGGAUGGCAAUCCUGAUCAUGAAACGUACCUCCAUCGCAUUGGUCGCACCGGGAGAUUCGGACGGAAGGGAACAGCAAUCAAUCUGAUUUCGGACGAAAAGUCCAUUGGGAUAUUGGCUGCCAUUGAAAAGUUUUAUUCGCCCGCCAAAGAAAUGAUCAAACAAGUAGAGGCUGAUCCCGAAACACUAGCGGACCACAUCCAAAUCUAACAUUAGCGAGACAGGGAUCAAAAAUAGGAAACAAUUUGCUCCUU